AUGAUUAUUUUUGGUUUUCAGAAAAUGUCUUACUUUCAGAUAGGCAGUUCCUAUUAGGGCCUUUUCUAGUUCGUUUGUUAGAAGCUAGAAGAUUCGCUAUUAUGGCAUCGCAGGACAAUGAGUGUCCACCUCCACACGAACCCUCGGAUGUACAGGUUGGCAGGGACAUGGACUAUGUGUCCACAUUCGCCCCGUACCGCCUGCCGGAGGAGAAUGAAUCAUUGAGGUUACACUACCUGGUGACUAAUAGGAAGACUCCCUUCGUGGAGAUGUACAUCACCGCGUUCGCCUCCGCUUGCAGUGCAGAGGUUGUGGGCUACCCCUUCGAUGUGUGCAAGACCCGGAUGCAGAUCCAGGGCGAGCUGGCCAGUAAGGCAGGAGUGAGUCAGCAGGCGCGAUACCGAGGCCUCUUGGCCACCGCCCAGGGCAUCAUUAAGGAAGAGGGCGUUCACAAGCUAUACGGCGGCAUUUCCGCCAUGAUUCUGCGCCACUCCUUCUUCACUGGGAUCAAGAUGCUCAUUUACGACAACAUCCGCGAGAGGGUAAUUGUUGCCGGAAAGGAUGGCAGGCCGCGCCUCACAUUCCUGGGCUCUUCAAUCAGCGGGAUCGCCGCUGGUGCCGGCGCCAGCAUUGUCACCGUUCCCAGUGACCUGAUCAAGAUUCAGAUGCAGAUGGAGGGCAAACGUCGUCUGAUGGGAGAGCCUCCACGCAUCCACAACGUUUUUCAAGCUCUGACUUCCAUUUACCAGACGGGCGGGAUAGUAGGCCUCUGGAAGGGAAGCGUGCCCAGUACUUGGUGCGCCGCCCUGGUUACUUUGGGGGAUGUAAGCUUCUACGACCUGAGCAAAAGAUCCCUGAUGAGGAUGCUUGACCAGCCGGAUAGUAGGGGCAUCCAGUUUCUGUCGGCCAUUAUUGCCGGAUUCGCAGGCGCCGGGCUGAGUACACCGGCGGAUGUGAUCAAGUCGCGGAUCAUGAACCAGCCGACAGAUGCCUGGGGCCGAGGAUUGCACUACAAGGGCUCCCUGGACUGCAUCAGCAAGCUGGUGAAGCAGGAGGGUCUUAUGGCCUUGUACAAGGGUUUCAUUCCCUACUGGCUGCGCGUCAGCCCCUGGUCGAUGGUCUUUUGGAUGACCUUCGAGCAAAUCCGCCGCCACCGGGGCGUUGAGGGCUACUAACCCAGGUGAUCUCAGUUGCCGUUCAAUUGUUUCCCGUUCCCCUUAAAUGUGAAGUUUCAAAUUGUAGCUCAGUGUACACACACACACAGUAAAGGAUAUAUUUUCUGUCACACUA